UCAUCAGCAGUUGUGGCGAAUUCAUAAAGAUGAAUUUAUGGGUUCGAUUGCAAUUAUGAGAUACAACCUCAUACAACUAUUUCUGCAAAAUGAGCAGAGUUCUCAUCUGAGGAAGAUGAUAGUUGAUCUGGAGGUGCCUAGGUUUGAUAGUGGAUGUCAAUUUAGUCAAGAGCCUGCCAUCUCAUACAUUUGGUCAGAGAAAAACUUGAAUGACGAUCAACGCCGAGCCAUACUUAAGAUACUUACGGCAAAGGAUUAUGCGCUGAUACUAGGAAUGCCAGGGACAGGUAUAAGCUGUGAAGGCGCUGUUGAUGAGAGGUUCUUCCAUUUUGCUUACCUCCUAUACAUUCUCAGCUGUUGAUAAUCUGCUUCUCAAACUGAAGGCUCAGUGAAUGGGCAUUAAGGAGUAUCUCCAGCUGUCAUUUGAAGCUCUGCUGGAAGUAUGUGUUCUCUCAUGGAGUAAGGGGUUGAAGGAGCCAUCAAGGAAUUGGAUGAUAUCCCUUUAGAAAAGGCU